AUGUAACUAUUCAUCUUCUUUCUCUUUCCACUUCAAUAUAAAGAUGAACCAGGCGAUCGUUAGGUCGUUUAGAAGCCAUCAUCAACUGCCCGCUGGUGUAGUAAUAUCUCCGACGUCGAACCAAGUAAGCAGGGAAGGUAGAGUUCCUUAUUCAACAGGUUUUGUUAAUUUGAGGAAGGGGAAGAAGACCUUUUGUACCAACCCAGACAGUAAGCACGACAUGGACAAAGCUCAGGAGCCCAAGGACAAGAAAGGGGACGCGAUGUCGCAUUCGUUUGGAGAAGGGUAUGCGACGAGGAGCGACGAGGAGGGAUUUGGCGGGAUCUAUGGAGGGAACGACGACGACAAUGUCAAGCUGGACAAGAAGAUCCAUGAAGAUCACCCUGAUUAUGACAGGAGCCAGGGGAGUGAAGUGAAAGAGAAGGAGAAGGCGCGUAACCAAGCCACUGCCAACCAUUGAGACCAGUUCAAAGACGGUGCGUGCAGAAGUUCUAUUUCAAUAAGAAGGGGACGCACGAGACCAAGUGGUCGUUGCGCCUCUGUAAUAUAAGUCUCUAGGCUCUAGCUUAGCUACUACGUACCCUUUCAAUUUCAUGUUCACUUUCGGGGUGUUCUUUCUGUGAGUUAGGCGUCCGAUUAAUCUAUAGCGAAUGAGGCUGUGGUUGUCAGUGAUCAUAAUCAACUAUUUGAUUGUGAUCAGGCAAACUGAAGAGCAACUAUACAGGAAGAGUAAGGACUCGGAAGACUAGCUAGUAAAAUAGGGAGUAUGAAAUCGUAAUUUUCCUAAUCAGUUUGUUUGGACUUGCAACAACCUUUUCCCCUCCUGGUAGUAAACCCAGCUCGGGUAUGAAGGGGGGAAAACACUUCUCCUCUGUAUCAUUCUCGUUUUUCCAAGCAAGUAAAGCGGAUCUAGAUGAAUAAAUCUUUUCUUGAGUUCUUUUUU